CCAAUCUAAUCAGUGGAGCUUUUAACGCGGAGAAAGCAACAAGUGAUCAGCAAGCAACAAGGAGAUGGCAGCAAGCGCGAAUAAUGCGUCCUUUGACCUAAGCCCCAAGACCCUCAUUGGCGUGGGUGUUGGACUGGUGGCCGUUGGCGGAGCAGGCUUCCUGCUGUACCGCCACCUAACCCGCGAUGUGAUGCCCCAAAAGUGGAAGCGCGUGGGCACCGUCGAACGGAUUCACUUCUUUCCGGUCAAGUCGUGUGCACCCAUGCAGAUCUCAAAGUCCGACCAGGCGUUCGAUUGUGAUGUGCUCAGUCUGUCUUUCGAGGGCGUCAGGGAUCGCACCCUGAUGGUAGUCAACGACAACAACGAGAUGAUAACAGCGCGCGUUUAUCCCCACAUGACUCAGAUCCAUUCAAAGAAGAUAGGGGAUACUAAGAUCCUGUUCAGCGCCGCUGAGCUGCCUGAUCUGGAGCUGGACUUUGAGAACCUGGAGAGUCCUGGCAAGGAUGUGCACACCUCGGUGUGGGGUGUGCCCAUAGAUGUGAUGGUCUGUGGAGAUCGCUUCAACAAGUGGUUCUCGCAGGCCAUCCUCAAGAAGGAGAGUGGCUUGAAACUGGUGCAUUAUCCUUAUCCCAUGCCUGUGAGGACAACCAAUCCCCGAUUGAAGAGCAUGCCUUACCUCAGGCAGGAGGACUCGGGCACCUUCAACGAUGCCACCAGUUAUAUGCUUAUGAACCUGGCGUCCGUGGCCGAUUUAAACACUCGGCUGAAGAAUCCUGUUGACCCGCUGCAGUUUCGAGGUAAUUUCGAGCUGAAGAUGGACAAGGACUUACCUUACGCAGAGGACAACUGGAAGUGGGUGCGCAUUGGGGAAAAUGCAGUUUUUCGAUCGGUUGCGCCUUGCACCAGAUGCAUCUUUCCGAACAUUGACGUAAAUACGGCCCAGCGCGAUAGCGAUGGAGAGCCGCUCAAGACGCUGAGAAGCUAUCGUUUGUUCAACUAUAGCUCGCCGGCUCUUGGCAUUCAUUUGGGAUUGCGAAUGCCGGGCAAGGUUAAGACAAACGACGUGGUGUAUGUGGAGGACAAUUGAACGCUUUGCUGGCAUUUCGAACAUAAUCCUGUAUACUUUCGCAUUUAUUAAAUAUAACAUAUAUAGUGAGGGUACCGUA